AUGUUUGAUCACAAGCCUUCAAUUAUCCCCUACAAAAACUUCGAUCUAAAACUAGAUGUUUCAAAUCUAAAAGAAGCUCUGGAUCUCAGUCUUCACUCCGAGCUCAUUAGAAUUGUAUGUCAUCGCUCACAAUCUCAGUGUCAUCAGAUAAAUCUAGAAUACAAUCGUCUUUAUAAAAAAGAUCUCAAGAUAGUUCUGGAAAAAAAAUUGAGUGGAAACUUCAAAAAACUCAUGAUUUCUCUAUUCGAACAUCCCGCUGUUUUCGACGCUCAUGUGAUUUAUAAACAAGGAUCACAUACUCGAGGAUUCCCAACAUUAACUGAAAUAUUUUUGACACGAACAAAUCAAGAGAUUGAAGAGAUUGCUCAAGCAUUUCAUCUUGUUCGAGAAACCAGAAUGCCUUCAAGACAAAAUGAUAGUUUGUAUGAUUAUAUGUGUCGAUUUGAUGCGGAUAAAUUAUCAGUGGCGAAGUUAGUCGAAGUUCAUAGGGAUGAGAGUUUGUUGAUGAAUAGAACUAGAGCAAUGGAAGAUGCUAGGAGAUUAAUUGAUGCGUUAAAUACACCGGAUGCGGAAAAGGUUCUCACGGAAAUAUUCACCAAGACGAAUUUGGUGCAACUCAAAUUGAUAUUUAAGAAUUUUUAUGAGCAAUCUGGAAAUUCUAUUGGACAAAUUCUGAACUCUGUGUUUGUGCGAGCAGGGUAAGAUUUAAGAUAUGCAUACAUGAACUAGUCGCUCCGGGGACCCUUGAGUUAACCCCCCUAACCAAGAGUUAAGGGCCCCACAUUCAAAAAUCCCUCGGAAUUCGGAGUCCUAGUUCAUGUACGAAUUUGUUUCUAGAAGUAUGAUAGACUUUGCAAGAACAACAAUCGACAUAACCCAAGAUCGCCUCAAAUAUUUUUCUGAUAAACUCGAUUCUCAUAUGAGAGGAGCGGGAACAACGGAUAUUGAAUUGAUUCGAAUUGUUGUUGGAUAUGCCGAGCGGAAUUUGGAGUCAAUUCGAGAGGAAUUUGAUAGACGACACCCUGAGGAGAGUUUGGUUGGAUGGAUUUCAGAAGAUACUUCGGGGUCAUUUCGAGAUGCACUUAUUGCAUUGAUUAAAGGCAAUCGAAAUCAAUGA